AUGGAUGCGUGUCUGCGCUCAGGACAGCAGCCCCAGUCCCUGGACGAGGCACCGAGACCCCCGGAUGAGGAGGGUCUACAGACAGACGGCAGCAGCGGACCCCCGGGAGAUUCUAACAAGAUAGAACCAUCGCCUCAAAGCCUCCAGAAAUUUGUUCCUAUGAAUUACGCCAGCUACACCCAGGAGUACUAUUGGUUUGCAGGCAAGAAGAUUGUCAUUCAAGAAUCGAUCGAGAGUUACGGAGCGGUGGUGUGGCCAGGGGCCAUGGCUUUGUGCCAGUAUUUGGAGGAACACGCAGAGGAACUCAGUCUCCAAGGUGCUAAGACGCUCGAAAUCGGUGCUGGACCAGGCCUCGUUUCCAUCGUGGCCAGUAUUCUAGGAGCUCAAGUCACAGCAACGGAUUUGCCUGACGUCCUAGGGAACCUUCAAUACAACCUUUCAAGGAACACACUAAACCAUACAGCACAUCUGCCUGAAGUGAAAGAGCUGGUGUGGGGAGAGGGUCUGGAACAGAACUUCCCCAAGUCCACGUGUUACUAUGAUUACUUGCUGGCUUCUGACGUGGUCUACCACCAUUACUUCCUGGACAAGCUGCUCGCCACCAUGGCAUACCUUUGCCAGCCGGGAACCGUGUUGCUUUGGGCAAACAAGUUCAGAUUCACCACCGAUUAUGAAUUUUUAGAUAAAUUCAAGCAGGUUUUUGACACAACACUCUUGGCUGAAUUUCAAGAGUCAUCAAUCAAACUUUUUAAAGGAGUGCUAAAAUGGGACUAA